AUGCCGUCGUCGAAAGCAAGAGACAGUCCCUCUGUGGAGCGUCGCGACCGUCUUACUCUUGCGAAAUUGGCCAGCUAUGACGAUGUCGCGACGGAUGCGCUGGUUGACCGGGCCUAUUUCUGGACCAAUACCCGCAAAAAUCGUACGAAAUAUAUUCCCGUGAGAGGGGUACAUGAGGAUGAUGUCGCUCGUAUUCUCCUUCACGAGGUCAUUGUUGCCAAGGACUCUGCGCAAGCGGAAAAGCAAUUGCUAGCAAUGUCAGGUAUGAAGAAGUACUUGGCUAAGCUUCCGAAUGAUCGUGAAAAGGAAUGGUUUCGUCGGCAUCUGCGCAAAUAUAUACAAAUGUAUCUCCCUGACUCGCCCUUCGAAGUUACUACAACCAAUCGCUACACGAUUACCGAACAUGAGGCGGCGAUAUGCGCUAGGAAAUUCAUCAAACAGGGCCAGGAAAUCAAGUACCUUAGUGGGACGCUUGUUCCCAUGACCCGCGAAGAAGAGCAGGAAUUGGAUCUGAAGAGAAAGGAUUUCAGCAUAGUCAUGUCUAGUCGAAGAAAAACGCCGUCGUUUUUUCUCGGUCCCGCUCGCUUUGCCAACCAUGACUGCAAUGCCAAUGGCCGAUUGGUAACACGGGGAUCGGAGGGCAUGCAAGUUGUGGCCACUCGAGACAUAUACAUAGGAGAAGAGAUCACCGUUUCAUACGGUGACGAUUACUUCGGUAUUGACAAUUGCGAGUGUCUUUGCCUAACAUGCGAACGGGCAGUCCGCAAUGGCUGGGCGCCUCAUGUUGACUCCGAGGAAGGGUCAAGCAAGGCAUCUACCCCAGCUCUGAACGAUGAAGCCAUAUCCAACGAUAGUUUACUUUCACCCAGAAAGCGCAAGCACCAUUUGGAUAGUGAUUCUGAUAUCUCACCCUCAAGUACGCCUAGGAAGAGGAGUAAGUUUACACGACAGAGCUCUAAACUACGAUCAGCAGUAUCACUUGCAGAUUUUGCUCCCGUUGGUUCGGGAUCGGAUAAUCCACCGCCCCAAGCAGAGACCUCAAUUGUGCCAGAAACUACGGGAGCCGCAAGUAUAACCAAUGAUACUAUUGUACCUGCAAGCGGUUCUGCUGUGGAGGUCUCUCAAGCGUCUGCUACUGACUGUGACUCAUCUCCUUCGCUCGAGGCCGACGAGUCGCAUCACUCGUCAACGUCAACAACACCAACAUCAAUCGGUGAUGUCAAGAUCAAGGUGGAAGAUACGGUGGAGGCGUCCCUUACUGAGUCGGCGUCGGCGACCCAUAUUACACUUUCAAUCACAGGCCAGCCUCACAACGACCGACACCCACCGGGAACUGACAACGACAUGUUGUCAGAAUUGUCCGAGAUAACUGACAAUCCUCAGAAGCCGAAAAGGUCAAGGGGUUCUCGCUGGAAGCAUGGUGUUGUCCCGUCGGUGGAGGAAGAGUCACACCGUGUUCGGGUCCCUGGUGACUACACAAAAACUUCUAAGUUGCUUGCGCAAGCCUAUGAUCGAUGGGUAGACUGCCAUACUUGUAAUGUUUGGUUUGUGCAGCACAAUUCAUAUCUCACUCGGCGAGAGUGUCCCCGCUGUGAGCGUCAUUCAAUGCUCUACGGUUUUCGCUGGCCAAAGACGGAUAAAGAGGGCUCAAUGGAUGACGAGGAGCGAGUGAUGGAUCAUCGGACUGUUCAUAGGUUCUUGUACCCGGAGGAAGAAGCUCGCAUCUCUCGCAAAGAUCGUGGGGUCAGUUUUGGCGUCACACCCACUCCCGAAUUAUCUGAGCCACGAACAGAGACCGAGGAUAGUGAAGCGUGCGAUGACCGUCGCAACACUAGAGCGAGCAGGACACGGACUCGCUCACUUCGGAUGACUAUGUAA